AAAACACAGCGACCAGCGAGAGAGAGAAACGACUUGGCUUGGCUCUGGCUUUCUCUUUCGAUACGAAAUUUGGCGUCUGUAGCUCUCUCUCCCUCUAUCAGCCCCACCACUCCUUCUCUCUGCAUAUACACAGAGCUUCACAUCUCAUACUUGUGUUGGUUUCUUUAUGCUUGGUAGUUCUCGUGGGUGUUGAAGUUUUUUGGGUUUAUUAUCGUAAUCUAUGGAGGAGAUGGAUGUAGAUGAAGUGAAUUAUAAUGAGGAUAGCAUUGAAGAUGAAUCUGCCAGGCAGCUUGGUGUCGAUGGAGAUCCAGAGGCUCAUCCUGGGAUUGGGGAUGAGUAUCAGGUUGAAAUUCCACCUAUUAUGACAAAAUCAGACUAUUUCUCUCUCACAAAUAGCUCAACUGAUGCAGAAGUCUUGGGGAGCGAGUUCCUUAAAUUUUUUGUUGGACUGCCGAUAUCCUUAGUGUGGAUUGACGAGAAGGCUAAGAACAUUAAACGCGAGCCUGAGGAGUUUGUUGGUGUUGCUACUGUCUUAGCAGAAAAAGAUGAGCCCCCCCAUGAAUCUGGAUGCACUAGAACUAAACAUAUUUUUACAGAAGGUGAUGAGUUGAAACCUAAGGUUGAUACAAAUAUCAUGUCUGGUGGUUGCGCGGAAUUUAGAGGACCCAAUGACUUCUUCUUGCGGCAAGAUGUUAAGGCUGAAAUGCUUCAGAAUAUUGGAGACAAAGGCUACUCUCUGGUCCCUGGAUCCUUGAAUGACACAUGGAGCAAUAGAGAAGAAGCUAGUUUUCUUCUCGGUUUAUAUAUUUUUGGAAAGGAUCUUGUUCAAGUGAAGAAAUUUGUUGAGACUAAAAGUAUGGGUGAUAUACUGUCAUUUUAUUACGAGAAAUUUUAUAGGUCUGACAAAUAUCGCAGAUGGGCAGGGUGUCGGAAAAUAAGUAGCAGCAGAAGAUGUAUAUUUGGACAUAAGAUUUUUACAGGACCGAGGCAACAAGAGUUAUCAUCCCGUUUGCUUCCUCGUUUGUCAGAGAAAUGCCAAAAUACUUUAGAGGAGGUGUCAAAGAUGUUUGUCGAGGGAAAAAUGUCACUUGAAGAAUAUGUUGUCUCUUUGAAGGCAGCAGUUGGAUUGAAUGCUCUUAUAGAAGCUGUUGGAAUAGGUAACGGGAAGCAAGACCUCACAGGCAUCUCGGAGCCUCCAAAGUCCAAUCAAGUUGGUCCUGCCCGUCCUGAAGUACCAGUUGGUAAAGCAUGCUCCUUCCUCACACCUUUGGAAAUUAUCAACUUUCUAACAGGUGACUAUCGAUUAAGCAAAGCUCGGUCUAAUGAUCUUUUUUGGGAGGCUGUUUGGCCUCGUUUGCUCGCUAGAGGCUGGCACUCCGAGCAGCCUAAUGAUAAUGGUUGUGCUGCUAUUUCCAAGCAUUCUUUGGUCUUUCUAGUCCCUGGUAUUAAGAAAUUUUCAAGAAGGAAACUAAUAAAAGGAAACCAUUAUUUUGACUCUGUCACUGAUGUCCUGACCAAAGUUGCAUCUGAUCCUACGCUUCUUGAGCUUGAGAUAGGAGGAGACAAGAGCUAUAGUAGCAAGGGAGAAAAUGGUUGGACCAAUGGUACAAAUUCAGGCCAAGACAACUCCCCUGAUCAGCAUCGUCAUUGUUAUCUCAAACCACGAACUCCCAACCGUGGUACUGAAGUCGUGAAGUUUACUGUCGUAGAUACAAGCCUGGCAGCCUAUGGUGAAGCAUUUAAGGUAAGAGAAAUGAGAAGCUUACCAGUUGAACUGGUGAAGAUUUCCUCCUCCAGAAGUCAAUCUGCAGGCGAUGAUAAGAAUUCUUCUGAGUCAGCUGACGAAACUGAUUCUGCAGAUAGCUCUUCUUUUGAUAGGGAUAUGAAUUCCAUUUCAAACUCCAUCAAGGCGAAUUUUGAGAAGGGAAUCUCUUCUGAGAGGAUACGUUUUGAGCAUACAGCUCCAAAGCGGAAGAAUCCAGUGAAUGGCUCAGAUUCUAUUAAUAUAUCAAAACCCUCGAGGAGCCAUAAUAGAAGCCCGCGUAAUGAGAUACAGGAAGGGAAAGCAAUAAAGGGCCAGUCAAGGCAGACCAUGAAACUUGAUAAUAUGAUAGUCCCUAUCACAAAGCGACGUCGAGGAUUAACUGCCUGCAAUCGCAAGGAGAGAAACCCAAUUGCGGUCAUUGCCUUAGCAGCUCCUACACUAAAGCAACAGAAACCUGGCUUUCUGGCUAGUAAGCCUAAUUUGGGUGAGAACAUUCUCCCUCAAGUUGAUCCUUGUGGGGAGAGGUUGUCAUCCACCCCUUCUAAGCGAAGCCCAAAUGAUAGUGGUGAAGGUAUGCAUAAUGGGGCUUCUUCUGGUGGUGCCGAAUUUACCAGUUUUUUGACCGAGAGCAUUCAAAACAAUAUCUGUGAAGGUAUUAUCGAUGGGGCAUCUUCUUUUGCCGGAGGUCAGCAUGAUAAACCGAAAUCCCGAGUCUUGUUUGACCUAAAUGUAGCCGCUGUUCCAAAUGCUGAAACGGACGACCUUUCAUUGAUGGGAAUGACAGGAAAACACGAUGAAGAAGGCACAGAAGCAAAUGAACGCUGUCUGCCAGAUAACUCUGCAUGCAUGGAGCAGCCAUCUAGCAUGAACUCUAGAAGACAGAGCACGAGAAACCGGCCACCGACAGCUAGAGCUCUGGAAGCUCUUGCUUUUGGGUUUCUUAGUGUAAAGCCAAAGCGAAAGAGUCGGGAUGCCUUUUCUCCAGAAAGCUCAACACCAAGACCUCGCCGUGCUCGUGCUAAGUUGAGUGUCAUGGAGGAUUCAAGUACAGAUCUCAUCAACGAGGAAAGAGGAAAGGGUAUGUGUAAUAGUAACGGUGAUCGUGCUAAGUCGAGUGUCAUGGAGGAUUCAAGUACAGAUGUCAUCAACAAGGAACGAGGGAAGGGUAUAUGUAAUAGUAACUGUGAUGUACUCAGUGAGGUUCAGUUUGAGUCAAUGGAAACCAAGCUGACAUGAUCCCAAAAUCAGCUCAGCUCACUUCUGAAAUGCCUGUUUGUAACAGAUUACGGAGCUUUCAGAAUCCCAAUCCAUGGUUGUUGGAGAGCAUACCAAUCCUUGAGCUCUUCCAUGUUCUGUAUCUUGCAUGUCUUCAUAUUCUAACUUCACAGAGGUUUGUUAUGGUGUCAGACUUGUUAUUAGACUGUGCCGGGUGUUGAGCACGGAGGAAUAAGCUUCCUUGGCCAUCCAAAACUUUCUCCUUGAAAGAAGACGCAUCAUACUUGUGGAGGUGAAUGGCUGGGGCUACAUAUAUACUUAUAUAGUUAGUUAUCCAAGAACUGCAUUGCUAGCAUGGCAAGAAAUACCAAAAUCCAUGUUAUAGUCCACUGUUUCUUCUGGUCAAGUUUCUUCAGCAAUGAUUCUUGGCCCAUUAUACAAGGCAAACCUACAGUCUAUCAGAUGAUUAUAGUUACCUGUUCCUUUUGGUUUCAUUUUGAUACAUCCAUCAUUGAAGAAUUUGUAGCUUUUAUUGUUCUUUGUUGUUUGAAUAAUAGAAAAAGGUAAAGAAGUAGUUGGUUUCUUGCA